UUUCAGAGACUAGGAGACUGAGAUCAAACAGCAAAUAUGAAGUGCGCCAUUUUCCUUUUGCUUGUCGUCGUGGCUGUAGCUCUUGCUAGGCCUAAGAGUGACUGCGAAAAACACCGAGAGCAAGCUGAGAAAAUAGGGACUAUCAUGAAGCUUAUCCCCAAAUGCAAGGAGAACGGAGACUACGAAGAACUGCAGUGCUACAAGGACAGCAAGUUCUGCGUCUGCUACGACAAGAAAGGACACGCUGCUAGCCCUAUCUCCACCAAGAUCAAGGAAUGCGGGUGCUACCUUAGGAGGAAGCAGAAGAUCGACAGCAACCACGAGAAUGCCUACAUUCCUCAGUGCGAAGAUGAUGGUAGCUGGGCUAAGAAACAAUGCUGGGAUUACAACAACAGCUGCUGGUGUGUAGAUAAGGAUGGCCAACAGGUCGGAGAUAUCGUUUCUGAGAGAACUGAACUGAACUGCGACUAAUUUCAUGUUUGUAUCUCACUCUGUGAAUAAAUAAAGUUUUGAAAAGGGCAAAAAGUAAA